AUGGCCGACUUUGAUUUGUCCUUUAUCCCGGCUCUGCACACUCCUUCAGCCUUGUUACCGAUUGCUCGACACAAGAAGAGCCUCCUCUACACAAUCGAAACCCAUCCAGUAACAAUCCUUGUAGGUCAAACAGGUAGUGGGAAGACCACCCAGCUACCUCAAUUCCUCCACCAAGCCGGAUGGACGUCAGGAGAGAAAUGCAUCGCUGUUACUCAGCCCAGGAGAGUCGCUGUCACCACAGUGGCCACUCGUGUUGCCGAAGAGAUGAGAUGUCAACUCGGUGACGAGGUCGGGUAUUCCAUCAGAUUUGAGGAUGUUACCUCCGCGAAAACUAGGAUAAAAUUCCUGACAGAUGGAAUGCUCCUUCGCGAGGCGUUAGUCGAUCCUCUUCUCUCGAGAUACUCGGUCAUCAUGGUUGAUGAAGCGCAUGAGCGCUCAUUGAGCUCCGAUAUCCUGUUAGGACUUCUGAAAAAGAUCAGACAGCGUCGCCCGGAUUUAAGGAUCAUUGUCAGCAGCGCAACUCUCGAAGCACAGAAAUUCGCAGACUUCUUUCAAGUUGGGGACUCCACUGAAAAUCUGUACAGGGUUGUUAGUAUCGAGGGCCGCACUUACCCUGUCGAUAUCAUGUAUCUGGAGCAGCCAACAGACGACUACGUCGAGAGGGCUGUGCAGACAGCCUUUACGAUCCACCAACAAGAACCACCGGGUGAUAUUUUAGUGUUCCUCACGGGCCGAGAGGAGAUAGACAUGGCAAUCGAAAAAUUGUCGGAACUAGCGUCAAGCUUGCCUUCGCAAGCCCAAGCAAUACAGCCAUUGCCACUCUAUGCCGGAUUGAGCACAGAUGAACAAAUGUACGUCUUCUCAGAAGCGGCUGAGGACACUCGAAAGGUCAUCUUCAGCACCAACAUUGCAGAAGCAUCGGUCACAAUAUCUGGAGUUGUAUAUGUCAUUGAUUGUGGUUUCGUCAAGCUUCGAACCUUCAAUCCAGCAACGAAUAUCGAGACACUCACACCCUUUCCUACCUCCAAAGCUUCCGCAAUCCAGCGGUCUGGCCGGGCAGGCCGCACACAGCCGGGAAAAUGCUUUCGUCUAUACACACAGCAGUCUUACAGUGCUUUACAGUCGACUACGACACCAGAGAUACAACGCUCAAACCUCGCACCGAUUGUUUUACAGCUUAAAGCUCUGGGUAUUGACAAUGUCGUCCGCUUCGAUUUUCUCUCUCCGCCCCCAUCCCAGCUAAUGGUCCGUGCCUUCGACCUUCUUUACUCACUUGGAGCUGUUGAUGAUUAUGCCAAACUCACUACUCCUCUUGGAACCCGCAUGGCGGAACUGUCUAUCCCUCCAAUGAUGGCCAAGUGCCUACUGGCUUCGUCUGAACCGAGGUUCGACUGUCAAAGCGAAGUUCUCACCAUUUCUGCCAUGACGUCUCUCCAAGGUAACAUCUGGUUCCACCACAGCGGUGAGAAGAAAGCGAUGGAGGUUUCGCGCCGAAAAUUUGCCGCUGAAGAAGGCGAUCACUUGACUCUGUUAAAUGUGUACCAGUCUUUCAUAACGAAAGGGAAGAAGGAGGCGAAAUGGUGCCAUGCCAACCAUAUCAAUUUCAAGUCCAUGACCCGCGUAGUCAGCAUACGAAAUCAGCUACGCCGAUAUCUUGAACGACUAGGGGUCAAAGUUGAUGAGACUUUGUCUUUGCCUUCCUCGGACCAUCCAUACCAUUCAGCCAAAGCGCCCGCUCCGUCCAGAGAUAAGGCCACUAAUAUCCUGCAGUGCCUCACAACUGGCUUCUUCUCCCAAGCCGCCAAGAUGCAGCCCGAUGGGAGCUUUCGAUCCGUCUCAGGCGAGGUCACCAUGUUUGCGCAUCCGACUAGUCUCAUGUUCAACCGGAAGGCACAGUACGUGAUCUUUCACGAACUGCUAGAGACUAGCGAUAAGGUGUACAUCAAGGAUAUCAGCAAGGUUGAAAAAUCGUGGCUGGUGGAUUUUAGUGGUGGAUUUUACAAUGUCAAAACUUAG